AGCCUUAUUUAAGAAAUGAAACUACCAACUUUGGUCCAAUUGGACCGAAACGGCAACACUGUAUUCAACAUGCCUUGACCGUAAGGCAGAGAAACACGUAACAGCUAAUUCAAAGUAUGUAAUCCAAAAAGAAGUUUCAUUUCAUUUGAAUAAAGUUUCAUUGAAACUGAAAAAGGUUUCAUUUAUGCCCCUAUUACGGUUUACAACUCAACUCCAUUUCAGUUGAAAACUUACAAUUUGGUAUUAUCGAUAACAACUCAACCUGUCAAAAAAUUUUUGGUUGUAUUUAUAUCGUCUUACAACUUUUUUGUGGUAUUACCGUUUACCACCCUGUGCUAGUUCGGUUGACAAAAGUAUCGAAAAUCGACAACUCAUUACUAGCAGUUCUUUUGAACAAAUUUUUAAGCGAAAAUGGAAAGCGGGUAAUUAAAUUUUUUUAAUUUGUCUUAAACCAAUAUCUUAAUCAGGAAUUUCUUACAAAUUUGUAGAAAAAACAAAGUUACAACAAAACAACAGUUUGAAAAACUAGUUGAGCUGAUGGAGAAGCAUCCCGAAACUGGACGACGCAAGCCGCAAUUUGGAAGCAGCAAAAGUAAAAGCAAGGGAUUGUGGGAGCAAUUUGCCAUAGAGCUAAACAGUUUAGGACCACCAACAAGAACUGCGCACGAGUGGGGACGAGUUUGGAUACACUAUAAGGCAAAUUUAAAAAGGAAGCUUGCCAACAAUCGCAGCAAUAUUAUUGCAAAUGGUGGUGGUCCGUCGCAAGAGGUUUCUUUAAAUCCACUAGAAGAAAGUGUUGCGGAACUUAUUCAGAUAAGGGAACAAGUUGCAUCCAGUGGCCGGGCGUUCGGGGUAGAGAAUAUACCACCGGUGAUGGAUGGCGAAGAAAUAGAAGACGGCUUAGUUGCAGCUUCGUCCAUGGUUGAUGAGCCCCAGGUAGCAAACAUUGAAGAUCAGCCCUAUUCGUCAGCAUCGCGUGUACAAAAUCGCCGCAGAAGCUGCAAUUUAGAAACUGAGCGUCUAGAGCUCCUAAAAAUGCAAGCAGAAACGCAAAAAGAGGUACUAAAAAAAUAUAUAGAAUUGAAAAGACGGCGUACAAAAAUUACGACAUUAAUAAAAAAUUGCUGCACAUAAAGCAACAAAAAUAUAAAUUGUUUGAAAGGCAGGCUAGGGAAGCCCAUGAACUACAUUUGUUGAAGGCAGAGGUUGAGCAAUUAAAAAUAGCUAAAUUAAGAGGCUAUUUGCAAGACGAGAACAGGUCGUGAAUGGAGAACUGAUGCUUAUUUGACAAACAUUGAAAGGGUUUUAAUUUAAUAAUUUGAAAUGUUUUUUAAUUUAAUUUUACAACAUGAAGUAAUAUUUUUUUAUAUUAAUUAUAAGUUUUGCAAUCUCUAAUUUUAAGACCACAUGAAGUGAUAUUUUUUUUAAAUUAACUAUUUUGAAAAACCUAAUUUUAAGAGCACAUGAAGUGAUAUUUUUUUAAAUUAACUAUUUUGAAAAACCUUAUUUUAAGAGCACAUGAAGUGAUAUUUUUUUAAAUUAACUAUUUUGAAAAACCUAAUUUUAAGAGCACAUGAAGUGAUAUUUAAUGAAAAUUAAAUAUAAGUUAUUUAACCAUUGAAAAUAAAAGAAGAAUGAAUGAAGUACAAAUAAUUAAAUGUGAGUUAGAGUUUUUUAUUUCUAUUAAAUGGAUAACAAAAUAUUACUGCGAAUUCUUCUGGCGGCA